AUUUUUGGUUGGGAUCAAUUUAGUAUUGUAAUGGAAGCGAUUGGAAGUAGUGUUACCUAUUGAAAUUAGUGAAAAUUAGAACGUAGUAUUUUAUUUGCUGGCUGCCUAGCAUAGGCUACGGAAAGCUUGCAUUUUUUUUAACUGAUGGACGAGGUGAGGAUCUUUCUCAGGGUUGGAAACUGCCUAGCUAGCAUCCCAGCCUGGAAAAGAUAGUUUCCAUCCACUCGUCCCAUCAACAGUUUCCGGUUCUUCUUCCCUCUGCCGUAAGCUAGUUUCCACGUGUAGGCCUAUGAAGAAUCGGACCUAAGACAAAAAUUGCAUACUUUCCGUGCACUCUUGUUUUAACCGUUGAAGCAAACGGAACGCGCUUAGACACCAAUUCUUUUCGGGAGUGUGGAUCACCCAAAUCAUCAUUUAAUGGACUAAUCUAACAUCUUCAUUAUGGAUGGCGGCAGUUAAGCAGGAGAAUGAUAGCAGCCAAGAACCAGCGCCAGGGUGCAGCACUGCAGGCUCUCCAACCGAUGAUGGUUCCAGCCAACAAUAUUUGAUCCCUGGCUACAAUCUAAUAUUCAUCAAAGAGGAUGCAUAUGUUGAGCAAGAGGCAGAAGGAAGUUCAGUGAAGAGUGAAACGGAGAUGUGGCCUCCAAACUGCAUCACAUCAGGAACUGCCAAUGCAACAGAAGUGGGUGGACUGAAGGCACAUUCAAUCUCUCCAGUGGAAGAGUGUACUGAGCCAUCUAUGGCUGGCAAAAAGACCAAGCUCUACAGUUGUGCUGACUGCAGCUAUGAAACACACCGUUCCUAUGAUUUGAAUAGACACAUGAGAAAACACUCUAAGGGAAAGCCUUUCAGUUGUGAGAUUUGUGACUAUAAAAGUGCUUAUUCAAGUCAUUUAAAACAACAUCUCACAACACAUACAGGAGAAACACCUUUCAGCUGCAACUUUUGUGACUAUAAAUGUGCUCAAUCAAGUAAUUUAAAACGACAUCUCAGAACACAUACAGGAGAAACACCUUUCAUUUGCGAAUUUUGUCACUAUAAAUGUGCUCAAUUAAUUAGUUUGAAAAUACAUCUCAGAACACAUACAGGAGAAACACCUUUCAGUUGCAACUUUUGUGACUAUAAAUGUGCUCGUCCAGAUAGUUUGAAAAUACAUCUCAGAACUCAUACAGGAGAAACACCUUUCAUUUGCGAAUUUUGCGACUAUAAAUUUACUAAAUCAAGUAAUUUGAAAAGCCAUCUCAGAACACAUACAGGAGAAACACCUUUCAGCUGCACUUUUUGUGACUAUAAAUGUGCUCGUUCAAGUAGUUUGAAAAUACAUCUCAUAACACAUACAGGAGAAACACCUUUCUUUUGCGAAUUUUGUGACUAUAAAUGUACUAAAUCAAGUAAUUUGAAAAGCCAUCUCAGAACACAUACAGGAGAAACACCUUUCAGCUGCAACUUUUGUGACUAUAAAUGUGCUCGUCCAGAUAGUUUGAAAAUACAUCUCAGAACACAUACACGAUUUUGUGACUAUAGAUGUGGUGACUCAAGUUCCUUAAAAAGACAUCUCAGAACACAUACAGGAGAAACACCUUUCAGCUGCAACUUUUGUGACUAUAAAUGUACUCAAUCAAGUUAUUUGAAAAGACAUCUCAGAACACAUACAGGAGAAACACCUUUCAGCUGCAACUUUUGUGACUAUAAAUGUGCUCAUUCCAGUAAUUUGAAAAGACAUCUCAAAAAACAUACAUGAGAAACAAUUUUCAGCUGAGAAUUUUGUAAGCCACAUUUACUCAUUCAAAUUCAUUUAAUUUUUUAGUAGUUCAAGUCUUUAGUGGAUUAUAUUCACUAAACACUAAUUAACAAUUCAUAUUUGAUAAAUAGUUUCAAGUUGAUAUUUUGCUCCGCCAUCAACUCAUCGCCAUGUAGCUUGCUUGAUCCUCUGCUUCUCCUUGAGUAGCUCUCCAAGUCAGCCUUAACCUGAUUCCUCCAUCGUAGCCUACGUCUAGAAACACUGUUUAUGGUGUUCACACUUCUAGUUGAUAUCUGUCAGCAUGAUGAAACCCUAGGUCACAGAAUACAUACAUAAUGGAAAGUCGGCUAUAGUGAGGUCCACGUUACAAGUAUGGCAGUGUUUGAUUAGCAAUGGUACUGCUAUCAUUGUCUAUCAUUCAAUAAAGUGGAUGGUGUUAUAUCUUUCUCGCUUUGCUCUGUUGCCAGAUCGUCUUUGUAGAAUUGAUAAUUAAUUAACAUAAUAUUUCAUCUUAAUUAUGAAAAUUCAUUAUGAAAUGAUUGAAAAAUAUAAUUUCUUGCUUGAUAAAAUAUAAUUGAUUAUUUUAAACGAGAAUGAAAAGUUAAUAUGUUACAUCGAUAAACCUGUAUCAGCUACCGUCUAUAGAAGGCAUCGACAAGACAGAGGAUCGGCAACGUUCUUCUCCACUGCCAUUAUAAUGGGGACACUACACAGAGAAGAGAUCAGAGGAAACAUUCUUACUGACUAUUGUUUCGCCUAAUGUGUAGUAUCACUUAUACCGGUAGAAAGCGCUUGUAUACGCAAAUGACGAUUUCUGUCUGAUCUGAAUUAGUACUGUAGUAGGGGGACGUAGUGGGGAGUCAUUGGCAUCCUACACUUCCCUCUCCAACAAACCAGUUCACACCACUCUCUCCCCCCAGCAAAACAACUGCUGACAGCAUUUGUGGCUUGAGGCAUGUAGGCCUAUGUCAUUGUUUUGCUAAUAAUACAUAAACUAGACUUUUCAUUUUUUCAUUUACAUUCAUUUUUCUUAUUCUAAUCACUUGCUACUCUCAACUCUCCAGAUCGCAUGAACGCUGCUUCUCCAGUGACAAAGAGGAUUAAUUUUUAUUUCCAAUCAACAAGAACUAGAAAACAAUAAGUGAAUGAGUGGCCAGAUUUUGUAACUUUAUUACAUUAUGUACUUCAAUUCAAUAAUUGAAAAAAUUUAAAUCAAUCUAAUUUAAUCCACAAUAUUGCAAUUUUUAACUUAAACAUUGAGAAAGAGCAUGGAAUAAUUUUAAUCAUGACAUGUUCUUGAGGUGCUGUGUAAUGCAGCAUUAUAUUUCUCUAUUAUUGUUCUAAAAUGAUUUUAAUAAAUGAUGUCAAAACUGCUCAUUAACAAUAAUAUUGUUUCAGUUACUUUUUUUUCAUUGAAUAGCCAAAGAUUGUUAACCUUAAUGAUAUUAUUUCAGUUGCUUUUUGUUUUCAUUGAAUAGCCAAUGGUUGACAACCUUUUUCAUGGACUGUACCCAUAGUGGAAAGUUCUAAUUUUGCAUAUGAGCUAAAUGCUGUUAGGCUAGCCGUCUAGCGGGAUAUUGGGGAAGAGGGAAUAAUUUGAAAAUUCAAUGAAUUUCUCUCAUUAUAAACUUAUAAGAUCCACUAUCUUCUUAGCAUUCAGUAAAAUAACAUCCAGUUUCAUUGUAUAUUAUAAGGAGGAAAUUGAUUGAUACUCUUUGAAAAGAUUUACCUACCCCUGUUAUUAUGUAUGUGUAUUUUUGUCGUUAAUGUAUUUCCUUUGCUUGAUAUAAUACAAAAUUAUAAGUAGAGCAAUAAAGAGCAAAACUAAAAUCGUAAAUCGAUUUUGAAAUAUUCUUCAUGCCCUUUUAGAAGAAACUUUGUGGCUGAAUCUGCUAAUCAAUUCCGACCAUGUUGAUAAACUUGAAACGCAAAAAAUGCUGUUGAUUUUAUCAUUUUUAUUCAUAGUUCACUUGGACGCACGGUACGAUUCAAUAACUUGAAAAUAUCAAGUGAUUGAAGAUAUUCUCCUCAUAUUCACGAUCUCGGUAGUUCUAAGAUGGAAAACAGUAGUUGAAGAUAAAUAUUUAUGGUAACUGAGCUCCUAUAGGAUAAAAUUUAGAACCAAUCAUGAGUUUCUAUGAUGUAUGAUCCUCGUUUAAGAGACUCUUGAUUAACAGUGGAAUUGCGAAAAAAAUGGUAAAAAUUCAAUCGUCACUUUUUCAAUCGGUUGUAACUUUCUAAUGGUAUUGAAAUCGAAAGUAUUGUUGAUUGGAGUGAGAAGAGGAGGAAAUUCCUCACAUCCUUGACUAGAUUUUGAUUUUAUAUCUGAAUUAUUUUAUAAGAUAUGUAGCAUUGAAUAAAUAAAUUGUCAUUA